CAUCUCUAAGAGUAGGAACAACAGAACUACUCUUACCGCAGUCUGCAACAUGUCGGUAAUUAAUUGAUAAUGACCAUUACUCCUUGAAGGCAAAGGGCCUACUGGCAAAGAGACAACCGAAUAAGGAUGAACUACACUGAGGAAGCGAGACAUGGCUUUUACACCAAAGGUUCCCACCGUGAGAACAUCCUGUUUGCGAGCUUUUACAUCCUGGUCUUUGUGGUCGCCGUGCCUGGCAACACCUUGGCAUUGUGGGUGUUCUGUCGUCAGGCUGACACCUCACCGUCCAAGCUCUUUCUAAAGCACCUGGCCAUAGCAGAUGUCUCCUACGUGCUGAUCUUGCCCAUGCGGAUGGUCUACCACUUCUCAGACAGCAGCUGGCCCUUUGGAGAGGUCCCCUGUCGCCUGGUGGGGUUUCUCUUCUACCUCAACAUGUACUGCAGUCUUUACUUCAUGACCUGCAUCAGCCUGGACCGCCUCUUGGCCCUGGUCCUACCGCUCAGGUCACGGUCAAUGAGGAAGGCUUCAUAUGCCAGAGUGGUAGUGGUAAUCCUGUGGGUCACAGUGACCGUGUCUAUGGCUCCCUUGCUAUUCUCCAAAAAACAAACGAUGAUUCAGGUUGACAACACAACCGUGGUCAUGUGUAACCAGCUGUACUUGGAAAAGACUUCUCCCAAUGCACUGGUGUCAACCAUGGUGGCGUUUAGUAUUCCUCUGGUCACUAUAGUGGUAUCCUAUAUAUUAAUCCUGUUGAAACUGAAGGGCAUCGAGCAACAGGAGGGAAGCUCGAUCAGAGACAAGGCCAUCAGGAUGAUCCUUCUCAUCAUGGUGAACUUCCUGGUUGCUUUUGUGCCCUAUCACUUGAACCGUUUCAUCUACAUUGAGAGACACGCUCAUAGCGACAUGGAAACUGCGUCCAUUGAGGCUCUGGCACUAGCCAACCGAGUCACUUCCGCACUAACCUGUUUGAGUGGAGCUUUGGAUCCUAUUAUGUACUUUUUUUUGGCAAGGACUUAUCAAAGUAUACUGCUGCAGCUGUUCUGUAGAGACAGGAGAGUGGACCAGCCAACCACAACCUGAUCUGGGAUCAGGUCUCGCCUGGUACAUAAUCUUUUUUUUAAAGGCUAAACUGAUCCUAGAUCAGCACUCCUCCUGCUCUGAGACCAGUACAAGUGUAUGCUUGCAGUGAUUCAAUGACUAUUUAAUAUUACAAUGGCAAUGUACAGUGUUGAAUCCUACAGUAUGAUCACAUUGUGGAGUUGGGCCUAUAUGUAUGAAAAUUAAUCUUAUUUCUAAGUUAUUUUACCAUUGCUGUUAUUGUAUAGUAGUGUAGGCAUAUUGUAUGCCUAUUAUUCAACUUUUUGGCUAAAUUAAUAAAUAUGUUAUAAUAUGUUAUAAUGUUAUUUUUCACAUACACGUGUUUAGCAGAUGUUAUUGCAGGUGUAGUGAAAUGCUUGUUUCUAG